AUGAUGAGACUCCAAGAACUUCGUAAUCAGCGCUAUCGUGACUUAAACUUACGAAUUCGAAUAACGCAGUCGGAAAUCUCAACUUCCAGGACUGUUGUAACUACUGCCCUUCCAGUUUUGAUGUUUCGACUGAUUUCGCAAAAAACGCAUGUCUCCCUUAGCCGGCUUUUUCUACGAGGCCAAUGGCGUGCGUUUUCUAAAGGAGCCGGAUUCCGUGGCACCCAGCGUGUGAAAAGGCUUUCGAGUCACGUCGCGCUAUUUACUGCCCUCGCCGGUCUCACAUAUAUAUUAGGGCCAGGCCGAGAAAUAUCGCUGAUCAAAAACGAUGCUGCUAAACACUCAAAAAGGCGACAUGUCAGCGCUACUGAGGUUAUUCGGCAUAAUAAAGAAGAUGACUGCUGGGUAGUGAUCGAUGGGUAUGUGUACGAUGUUACAGCGUUCAUCGACCAGCAUCCUGGUGGUUCUGCAGUUAUAAGGGGUAAUGCAGGAAAAGAUGUGAGUGCUUUGUUUUCUGCUUUACACCCUCCAGAUGUCAUCCAAAAAUACAUUCCUGAAACUCAGCGGCUGGGGCCGCUAGAGGACCAAAUGCCAUCUGAUCGUAUCUGUUCCCCACCUGCUAUAGGAGAAACUGUAGAGGACAUCCAAAGAAAAGAAGAACUGCGCCAAAAGCUCCUGGACUUAAACUCUUUGUUGAAUCUCUAUGAUUUCGAGUACCUUGCUUCUCAAAUUUUAGCAAACCAGGCCUGGGCGUACUACUCAUCAGCCUCAGAUGACGAAUUUACCUACAGAGAGAACCAUGCCGCUUAUCAUAGAAUCUUUUUCAAGCCAAGGGUCUUAGUGAAUGUCAAAAAUGUUGAUAUCUCGACUGAGAUGCUUGGAUUCAAAGUCUCCGUACCAUUUUAUGUGAGCGCUACUGCUUUAGUUAAACUAGGAAACCCUGAAGAGGGUGAAAAAGAUAUCGCUCGUGGCUGCGGUCAAGGUGAGCAUAAGUGCCCUCAAAUGAUUUCAACAUUUGCCUCUUGCUCACUUCAAGAAAUAGUUGAGGCCGCGCCUUCAAAGGAGCAAAUUCAAUGGCUCCAGCUUUACGUUAACACUAAUCGUUCUGCCACAGAAAGCUUGUUGAGAGAAGCAGAAACGCUUGGUUUGAGGGCUAUUUUUCUCACUGUUGACACACCAGCAUCUGGUCGUCGUGAAAAGGACAUGAAACUCAAGUUUAUCUCUAGCAACGCACCUCAGAAUGCAAGAGCGGCCAAAAAUAAAUCUUCCCGAGGUGCUUCUCAAGCCCUUGCGAGCUUCAUUGAUCCAACAUUAACCUGGGAAGAUGUUGCAGAGCUCAAAACCAAGACAAAUCUUCCGGUUGUGAUAAAAGGCGUGCAGUGCGUUGAAGAUGUUUUGAAGGCUGCCGAAAUUGGAGUUGAUGGUGUUGUAAUAUCGAAUCAUGGUGGCCGCCAGCUGGAUUUCUCUCGCGCCCCUUUGGAGGUUUUGGCAGAUACUAUGCCAAUCUUAAAAGAGAAACAUUUGGACGAUAAACUUGAAGUAUUUAUUGAUGGUGGCGUCCGCCGCGGAACCGAUAUCUUAAAGGCGCUUUGUCUUGGCGCUAAAGGCGUUGGCCUCGGGAGGCCCUUUUUGUAUGCCAAUAGCUGUUAUGGCAAAGAUGGCGUUGAGAAGGCCAUUAGUAUGUUAGCCGAAGAACUGCAGUGCUCUAUGAGAUUGUUAGGUGCAAAAUCUAUAAAAGAGCUCGGUCCUGAAUUACUCGAUGUUACUGGCUUAAAAAACAGAUCUAUUGAAAUUCCUGGCGAUAGCUUGUGUAAUACAGUUUACCAAAAGCCCGAUUUCGCUCGUUUUGUUGAAAAAUAA